CCGGCUUGCCGGUGCAGCCGCGAUGCCCCGGAGCCCGACCCCGGCCCGGGUGCCAGGCCCACCGCGUUAUUAGGCUCCGUGCGCCCCGAGCGCGCCGCCGCCGGCGCAGGGCCCCGACGCAGCGAUGGGCAACACGGUGCACCGGACCCUGCCAGGGAUGCCUUCUACACCUUGACUGAAGCAGCCCCAGCAUCUUCUUCCUAGCCUUGUGAGCCAGGCUAGCAUGGGUUCAAAUGCUAACUCCACCACGGUCUGGCUGAGUGGCCUUGGGCAGCUGUCCCGACCUCUCUGAGCCUCCCUGCCUCACUGGCAGUCACCUCACCCAGAAGGAUCAUAGGGGGUCUGAUGCUGCUUAUUGUUCAUCUCAAGUUCCGCCAAACUGUGGCCUUUGAGCAGCUCAAAACAAGCUGAUUGAUGAUAGCCACCACCUCCCCCCCCACUUCCUCCCUGAGACCAAGCCAGGGCGUCGCUACACUUCUUUCCCAGAAGGUGGCUCAAGCUGCUUGCACACAGUCUAGCUUUUUUUUUUUUUUUUUUUUCUGGCCUGUCCAGAGGGAAGUGAGAGACCUUGGGGUGGAGUGAGGCAUCAGCCAGGAAAGAUGCAGCCUUUGGCAUCAGACAGGACCAGAUCUGGAAACAGACGCUGCCCUCACAGGCUGGGUGGCCUCCAUAAGGAUGUGCGCCCCUCUGGGCCUCGGUUUCCUCAUCUGGAAGCCACCUGGCAGGAGGCGGUGAGGGGUGGAUGGGCCGCAUGGCAAGCACGUGGCACACAUUCCCUGCACCAGAGCUGGGCUCUCCGCCCCCCCGGAGCCGGCAGACCUUGCCCAGCAGCGGGGCUGGCGAAGAACAUGCCUUCAGCUCCGGGAGCCAGGACGGCGUGGUUCAAGGAGAGCGUCCUCCUUCUCCAGCGUGGCGUUGGCCCUGAGAAGCAGGACCCGUGGAUCUACUACCGCACAAAGUCAGGAUGGGGCCCUGCAGACCCGAGUCCGCCGGCACGCCUUCUGGCCACCCGCCCGUGCUGCGUCCCGGGGCCCGAGAGGCGCCCAGUCCUGGGCGAAGCGCCGCGCUUCCACGCGCAGGCCAAGGGCAAGAACGUGCGCCUAGAUGGCCACUCGCGGCGGGCCACCCGGCGUAACAGCUUCUGCAAUGGCGUCACGUUCACGCAGCGGCCCAUCCGACUGUACGAGCAGGUGCGGCUGCGCUUGGUGGCAGUGCGCCCCGGCUGGAGCGGUGCGCUGCGCUUUGGCUUCACGGCGCACGACCCAUCGCUCAUGAGCGCCCAGGACAUCCCCAAGUACGCCUGCCCUGACCUUGUCACGCGGCCUGGCUACUGGGCCAAGGCGCUGCCCGAGAACCUGGCGUUGCGCGACACCGUGCUGGCCUACUGGGCGGACCGUCACGGCCGCGUGUUCUACAGCGUCAACGACGGCGAGCCGGUGCUCUUCCACUGCGGUGUGGCCGUGGGCGGCCCGCUCUGGGCGCUCAUCGACGUCUACGGCAUCACCGACGAAGUGCAGCUCCUCGAGAGCGCGUUCGCCGACACGCUGACGCCCGCGCGCCUCGGCCAGGCCCGCUUCAGCGCCUGCCUGCCGCCCAGCAGCCACGACGCCGCCAACUUCGACAACAACGAGCUCGAGAACAACCAGGUGGUGGCCAAGCUGGGCCACCUGGCGCUGGGCCGCGCCCCGGGCCCGCCGCCCGCCGACGCGGCGGCCGCCGCCGCCAUCCCGUGCGGGCCCCGCGAGCGCCCGCGGCCCGCGUCGUCGCCGGCGCUGCUCGAGGCUGACCUGCGCUUCCACGCAACGCGCGGACCCGACGUGAGCCUGUCCGCCGACCGCAAAGUGGCCUGCGCGCCGCGGCCCGACGGCGGCCGCACGCUCGUCUUCUCCGAGCGCCCGCUGCGACCCGGCGAGAGCCUCUUCGUGGAGGUGGGCCGCCCGGGGCUGGCGGCGCCAGGCGCGCUGGCCUUUGGCAUCACUUCAUGCGACCCGGGCGGGCUCCGGCCCGCCGAGCUGCCGGCCGACCCCGACGCGCUUCUCGACCGAAAGGAGUACUGGGUCGUGGCGCGCGCCGGGCCCGUACCGAACGGCGGCGACGCGCUCAGCUUCACGCUGCGGCCCGGCGGCGACGUGCUCCUGGGCAUCAACGGGCGCCCGCGCGGCCGCCUGCUGUGCGUCGACACCACGCAGGCGCUCUGGGCCUUCUUCGCUGUGCGCGGCGGCGCCGCCGGCCAGCUGCGCCUCCUAGGCACCCUGCAGUCCAGCCCUGCGACUACGUCUCCAUCAGGGUCCCUCAGCGGCUCCCAGGAGGACAGCGAUUCUGACAUGGCCUUCAGUGUCAACCAGUCCUCCUCAGCAUCUGAGUCAUCCCUGGUGACGGCACCCAGCUCCCCGCUGAGCCCCCCAGUGUCUCCCGUGUUCUCCCCACCAGAGCCGGCAGGCAGCAAGAACAGCGAGUGCACGGUGUGCUUUGACGGUGAAGUGGACACAGUCAUCUACACCUGUGGACAUAUGUGCCUGUGCCACGGCUGUGGCCUGCGCCUCAAGAGGCAGGCCCGGGCCUGCUGUCCCAUCUGCCGGCGGCCCAUCAAGGAUGUCAUUAAGAUCUACAGGCCGUAGCCUGGCCCGCCCGCGGGCCUUGGCCAGAGCAAGGUCACCUUUCUGAAGGCCCCCUGGGCCAGGCAACCACCAUGGCCGCCAAGGAAUCCAAGGGCAGUGGCCGUCCCAUCGUCUGCCUCUCUCCAGUGGUGGGCAAGACGCGACAGUCAUGGAGCUGAGGCCCUGGGGGUCUGAGCCCAGACAGGGGCUGCUUCUGGCUCAAAAGUGCUUUGCCCCCUAAAAGGCCGUCCCAAGAGCAAGCUCAGGAACUGCCUAGCAGCCCACUCUGUCCCUCGACGCCCUCUCAGCUGGGAAGCAGCAUUCUCUGUGCAAUGCUUUUUGCUGGGGUUGGGUUGAGUGUGUGUCGGGAGCGGGGGAGGGGAGGGGAGUGGACAGAGGAGAGGG